AGGGAUUUAUUUUCUUUCGACCCAGAGAACUAAACAUCAAAAUUCCCCUUUCACAAUUUUCCACUUUUGUUUCCAUUACUGAAGAAACAAAGAACACAACAAAAAACGCAUUCAAUGCGACUCGUCGUUUACACGUUUCAUCCUUCGUCGUUUUCCCCCAAUUUCUAGGGUUCAUCACAAUCCCCCAAAAAUGUUCAACAAGAUCAUAAAACGCGCACACAGAAAAUCAGGGAAAGUCGCCUUCCCGGAAAAUUCAACAAACGGCCACCAAUUCUACGAAGUAGUCGUCAAACACGCAUCCCGUAGCUCCACCUUCGAUUCCGAGCCACAAACCACGGCGGCGCCACCGCCUAAUCAAACCGCGAUCGAAUCACUUCCGCCACUCAAGGAAGUCGCCGCCUCAGACCGCUCCGCACUGUUUCUUCGUAAAAUUCAACAGUGUUGCUCUCUCUGUGAUUUCUCAGACACUCUCAAGUUCAUCGUUGAGAAGGAAAUCAAACGGCAAACACUUUACGAGCUAGUUGAUGUUAUUCAAUCAUCUUCCUUCCCGUUCAGCGAAUUUCAAGAGGAAUUGAUCGGGAUGGUUUCUGUUAAUAUUUUCCGUUGUUUACCGCCGGCGUCGCAUGAGAACACCGGUACUGAGACGGUUGAUCCGGAGGAAGAUGAUACGUAUAUGGAUCCGUCUUGGGCUCAUUUGCAGCUUGUGUAUGAGAUUCUAAUGAGGUACAUUGUUUCGCCGGAGACGGAUAUUAAAAUCGCUAAGCGGUAUGUGGAUCAUGUGUUUGUUUUAAAGCUUAUGGACUUGUUUGAUUCGGAGGAUCAGCGGGAGCGCGAGUAUUUGAAAACGAUUCUUCAUCGGAUUUACGGGAAGUUUAUGGUUCAUAGGCCUUUUAUAAGAAAGGCUAUAAAUAAUAUAUUCUAUAGGUUUAUAUUUGAGACGCAGAGGCAUAAUGGUAUUUGUGAGUUGCUUGAGAUUAUGGCUAGUAUUAUAAAUGGUUUUGCUUUGCCUAUGAAAGAGGAGCAUAAGCUUUUUUUGAUUAGGGCUCUUAUACCACUUCAUAAGCCGAAAUGUGUUUCGGCGUAUCAUCAGAAUUUGUCUUAUUGUGUUGUUCAGUUUGUUGAGAAAGAUGGGAGGUUGGCUGAUCCUGUGAUAAAGGGUUUGUUGAAGUAUUGGCCUGUUACGAAUUGUCACAAGGAAGUUCUUUUUCUUGGUGAAUUGGAAGAGGUUCUUGAGUCAACUCAACCUCCGGAGUUUGUAAGAUGUAUGGCUUCUCUUUUCAGACAGAUCGGUCGGUGCCUUAACAGCCCUCACUUUCAGGACAAUAUACUAGAAGAGGGUGCGUUUGUAUGGGUUGCUUGGAUGUUGGAAUGUAAUAAUUUCCUACUGUCUUUUCCUUAUGGAACUUUGGUCGGGAAACUUACCUUGAUAAUCCUAGUUAGGGGAAAAUAGUCAAAUUUGAGACUGUUACUUUUAUUGAGGUCGGAGUAGGUACUGAUAUAUGUAUAUAUUUUGGGUCAGGAUAGUGGAAUUUCAUUUGAUUUAGUUUAAAAAGACUGACGAGGUAAGAAAAGAGAGGCAAGAUGGAAAGCUAGUAUUUAACUGAGAAAGAUCCUAUAAGACUAGUUCUAUAAUUGGCAAAUAAACAUAUUGACUACAAGACCUAGCUGAAAACAUUUAUCCUAGCUUAUGAAAAGCCACGAUUCUUGAACUUUACUUGAACUAAAUGCAUGUAACAGGGUGUUGUACAAGGGUUUUUGGUCGGGAAACUUACCUUAGUAAUCCUAGUGAAGGGAAAAUAAUCAAAUUUGGGACUGUUCCUGUUUUUGGGGUCAGGAAAAUGGAGUUUCAUUUGAUUUAGUUUAAAAAGAUGAUAUUUUUAAACAAAUUUAUUUGGUGGGGGAUGCUUCCUUUUGAGUUACAUUUCUGUAGACGUUGAAUGACAAAAACAGGUAGAAAUGGUUACAUGUUUAUGGCAUGAAGAAUGGUGGAGGGAAAAGGAGGCAGACGGAGGAUAGUAAUACUAGUGUGAGUGGUAGCUAGAGUAGAGUGAGGGUGUGAGUGGUAGCUAGAGUAGAGCGAGAGGGAGAGAGCUCUCCUAACAUGGUUAAGGAGUGUGUUCAGUUCUGUUGGGCAUUAGGAGAUUUUGAUACUAAGGUUUAUUACAUCUCUAUAUUUGAAGCCUAUAUGUAUUAACCAUACAUGAGCAGUCCCAAACAAAAAAAGAAUAUUACGAUUUAUUAUUAUUAUUGUUACUACUAUUAUUAUCAAUGUUUAAAAACUUGAGAGUUAACACAAAAUCGCUAGAGAAUUGAAAAAUCGUAACUCGAGGACCGUAGCACAGAUUGUAAGAUCUUGCUACUGAUAGAAAAAUAUAUUUAUAUAUGUAUAAUUACUUACACAUUCUCAAAAAGGGGAAGCUUGAAUGGAAGAGGAAGCAUGGCAUGCUUUUAGAAUAAGGAAGAGGAAGUAAAUAUAGAAGAAGAAUCGUGAAUGAAGGAAGAGAAUUUAUGCUAAAAUAAUAAGUUGGUAAAGGUUGAGUUUAUUGAGAGUGGAAGGAUGCCAUCACGAACUAUUUACAUAAUGCUGAUACUCCUUUUUAUUUAAAAGGAGUUAUGAUCUGUGUCUCUCUGAAUUUCCAUUUUAAAAAAAUAAUAAUAAAUAAGGAUUUUGAUAUGGCACAACCCGGUGGAUCCAGUCCCGUUUUAGAAAAUUAGGAUUUUUUUUCUUCUCGGAAAACACCAAACAUAGAUGCGCUGCAUCUCUGACUCAAAGCGAGUUAGCUUUUCAGCUCGGGUGAGUUCACUGAGUUUGCUACAUACGAUUUUAUCUGAAUCGCAGCACGCCAGCAUGCGAUUGGAACGUUGGAGCGAAUGAGUUCACGAGUUGACUCGCGGACCUGCAUACGCUGAUUAUUAUUAUUAUCAUUAAAUUGUAAAUUCAUGACAGUGAUUAUGAAAAAUUACAAUCAUUAAAAUUCUUUUUUUGUUCUGUUGUUCCUGGAGUGUAGGCCGGACAUUUUUAGCAAAUGAGUACAUUGGCUCCAAUGUUGAGAGCUUGCUUUUAUUUAUCUUUGGGGAUCUACUAAACAAUUAAGUGGCUUAUUUUGGGUUUAGUUGGCUUUUGUUUGUUGCUUCAGUUUUGCUGUGAUAUGUUAUAUAUAAUUGUUUUCUGUAUGUAAAAUGAUUAGGUACCUGGUUGUGAUUGGAAGUGCCUUCGGAAACUGUGUUGGGUUUUCAACCUUUUAAAUUAGGAUAUAGGCUACGCAUAAUGCUCAUCAGAUUUUACUAUCAUCAAUACUUGUUUUCGAUAAAGGCUUAAUCGUGUCCUUUGACAGUAGUGUGUUUGUAAAGGAAAAAUAAUUUUUUAUUUUCUUUUGACUGCUCUCUCUGUCAAUUGAAUCCA